GGAAAUUUUUUUUUUUUUUUUUUUAUGGAAUAUGGCAAAUUGUUAUCAAUUAGGCAAAAAAUCUACAAGAGGAACAGUAAUCCGCACUAAAGAUGGGGCUCACAUCCUAGUGGCCCAUCUGAUGUGUAGAGUGUAUCCAGCCGUUGAUUCUAUUUAACCGUGCAAAUAAAUACAGACCUGAGCCUGAGGGACCCUCUCAUCUAAUGCGGUUAAGUGGGGCUCUCUUCCAUUGUUAGGGUUUGUUUCUCUGUGUUUCUUGUUGUCUCCUAUUUUAUUUUAUUUUUACGUAUAAUUUUUUAAUUAGAAUAACCACUCUUCCAAUUCUCAAUUAGUCUUUCUAAUCCUUUGGAGUGCAGGAAAGCUUCAUUGCUUCAAAGCACAGUCAACGUAUCAAAACUCUGCUUCUCUGUUGUUCUUGAUUUCUGCCCCUGCAAAACACACACAGUAGCCCCUCCAAAAUAGAUUUGAAUUUUUACUGCUUCUUAAAUUCAUAAAUUUAAAAUCUUUUCCCUGUUUAUUAUAUGGGUUUUGAUCAUACUUUUCUGGGUCUUUUUUAAUUUAAGAAUUUCUGGGAAUUUUUUUUUUUCACUAAGGAUGGAAGCGAAUCCUACCCGUGAUGGCCAUUUCAGCGAAGAAGAGGACACCCACAGUGUCGAUGUCUCUCCCUCCGAGACGGCGACGCCAAUGGUGGUGGAGCCGCCGGAGCAACCGCCGAUGGCUGCACUGAAAGAAGAGGUCACGGACACGGAGCAAAGCCUGGAAGAGCCUCUUCCGGUGAGCGUUAUUCCGAUGCCGUUGACUACGUCAACGCUGGCGGUGGCGAGGAAACCGUCGAAGGACCGCCACACGAAGGUGGAGGGCCGCGGCCGGAGAAUCCGAAUGCCGGCGACGUGCGCCGCCAGGAUCUUCCAGCUGACCCGGGAGCUGGGCCACAAGUCCGACGGGGAAACAAUCCGGUGGUUGCUUGAGCAAGCUGAACCGGCGAUUAUAGAAGCCACCGGUACCGGAACGAUCCCGGCCAUCGCUGUGUCCGUCGGCGGCACCCUAAAGAUUCCAACAUCAUCGCCAGCGAGGCCAGAUGGAGAAGAUACCCCGAGGAAGCGAAGGAGAAGAGCAUCGAACAGUGAGUUCAUUGAUGUGAACGAUCAAGUUUCAGUGUCUUCAGGGCUUGCACCAAUUGCACAAACCGCAUACGGUGGUGGUGGUGGUAAUGGUGGCGGCGGCGCACUAGUCCCUUUGUGGCCUGUGGGUGGCGGCGGUGGGUCUAAUGGUACAGGGCCUUUCUUAAUGUUCCCGAAUGGUGGAAACCAGCCUCAGUACUGGGCCAUUCCUGCAACUGCAGCACCGUUUUUUAAUGUACAAGCAAGACCCAUUUCGGAUUUUGUUUCUGCUAUGCAGAUGCAACAUGUUACCUCAUCCUCCAGUGCUACCACCACUCAGACGCUCAGGGAUUUCUCUUUGGAAAUCUAUGACAAGAAAGAGCUUCAAUUCUUGGGUCGCUCUGCUUCAAAUUCAGAACCACUACCUCCCACUUCAAAGGCUUGAGAAUUGUAGCACUAGCAGCAUGUGGGAGGAAAAAGGUUUUGACUUUAGGGUUUUUUUUUUUUUUUUUUUUUUUUUAAUAUUUGGGAACUAAAGGACAGAGAUAGUUUCUGCCAUCUGUGUUUUGUUUGUUUUUGGUUAAUGCUUAGGAACAUAUUUCAAGA